AUGGCACAAGAUUCCCAAGGCAAGCCCCCCACCACAAACCGCCGGAGAAUAAUCCUGAGACGGCGGCGUAAACUGCCGGUGAUUCGCCUGGGAGGGAGCGCCAGCGACAAGGCGAAGAGAGGGAUAUUUAUAGUGAGACUAAUGAGGAGGAUGAAGCUGCGGUGGCUGAAGCUGCAUUACAUACGAAUGAUAAAGAAGCUGAAGCAGUAUUAUCGAGCCAUGGUUAAGGAUCUGAUGGAGGCAAGUUCAAGUAUUGAAAUGUUUCAGCAGAGAGCUUUAGCUUUCUCCACCUUCCCGUCUACGGCGGUGGCCGGAGCAACAACAGGUCGUGGUAGUGACGCCGCGUUGUUCAUGUAA